GUUUUCUCUAUGCUAAGCAAUGUACGGUCUUUCUUUAAAUGUAAGCCUCGAUCAGAUUAAAGCAAAGUUUAGUAUGAUAGAACAACUAAGCGAGCAAAAGUUUACAAACAAAAAAAACAAAACAAAAACACUAACUCAGAAAGGUAUGGUUUUGCGACAAAGUGAUUCUGAACCACCAUGUUUUACAGACCCUAAAGAAGAAGCAUUAUACUGGAAAGAAUUAGCUCAAAAUUAUAUGCAAAAGCUGCAAGAUGUGAAAGAUGAAUUUGAUGAGUUUCAAGAAGGAAGUCGAGAGCUAGAAGCUGAGCUUGAUGCUCAACUUGAGCAAUAUGAACAGCGUGUUAAAGAUCUUCUCAGUACAAAAACUUUAAUUCUAGAAGAAAAUGAAAUUUUAAAGCAAAAGUUGGAGAGCAGUCAGCGAGAAUCUUACAUUCAAAUAACAAGUUUGCAAGAUGAAAAUAAGCAAAUUAAAUUAGCAAAUGAAGAAAUGACAAAAUAUAUAAGAGAGCUUGAGCAGAGCAAUGAUGAUUUAGAGAGAGCUAAAAGAGCUACAAUAUGUUCACUGGAAGAGUUUGAUAAUCGCUUAAAUACUGCGAUAGAGAGAAAUGCAUUUUUAGAAAACGAGUUAGAAGAAAAAGAAGAACUAAUGAUUACUGUUCAACGACUUAAAGAUGAAGCAAGAGAUUUAAGAAGUGAUUUGGCAAUAACUUCUAACAAUACAUUGAGUGCGUCUAAAGCUAAAGUCACUGCAGCAAAUCAAUCAUCUGUUGACAAUGUUGAUGGAAAAAAUUUGUCUACUCCUAGAAAAUCAGAUAAAAGUGAUCUUGAAAAAAAUUAUCCAAAUAAUGUAUUGUUAACCAAUUAUGCAACACCUUUAAUGAAAAAUAUAUCUAACCCAAUGACACCUUCAGCAAGAAUUUCAGCUUUAAAUAUUGUUAGUGAUUUACUAAGAAAAGUUGGGGCCUUGGAAUCUAAGCUGGCAAGUUGUAGAAAUUUUGUGCAAGAUCACCCAAAAAACGGAAAAUCUCAAAGCUUUAUAAAUACACCAAUAACAGAUACUCCAAGAAGCACUCCUACAAAAACCAUGAUGACAAAAAAUAGUAAUCUUGUUGCUAAUCUAGUUAAGUGACACUAAAAUUUAUCAUGAGAUAUUGAAAUUAUUGGAAAAAAUGGUGAAAUUAUUGGAAAAAAUCUGUUUUCAAGUUCUCAAGUUUCUCGUUAAUACUGGUUGAGAGCAAGUCUUUUAACGACACAAGUUAAUAUUAAUAUAACACUAAUGUUUUUGUUACGCCUUUAUUUUUUGUAACAUAAAACGCGAAAGUAUUUUUUGUUGUUACCCGUUUAAAAACGGGCAAAACAUAGAAGAACUUUUUAAAACACAUUGCUAUAAGCAAUAUAAUUUUAAAAUAUUUAACAUGCUAUGUGUGUGAACAACGGAAGUUGAGUAGUUUUUGAUUUUUUUUACCUAAAAGAGUUAUUGACUUGAA